AUGACAUCUACAACCUGGCACGCCCGUAUUAAGCGUCCACCAAAGAUCCUUAAGUGUCUGUACCUCCAUUUCACCAACCCCAACAGAAUUACACAGCAAAUUAGCACUAACAAAAUUAGUCUUCAAUUCCAUAUGAGCCGCAUCCCGAUCCAGAUGACUCUUGAUACUACAGCGCCCAAUUUGAACAGCGAUCAUCUCAAUCGCAAGGGAGAAGAUAUCAGGGCACUCCUGGUAGCUCUCACCCUGUGGAUACCCCCGGAGAAGGAGAGCUUGUUCACGGAGCUGGCCUUGGACGCGAUUCAAGCAGUGGAUACAGCAGUUGUACGCUCUAUUAUCAAUGAUUUCGAGGAGAUACUCGCCUACGGUGGCGGGCGGGAUUUGCUGACCCUGAAGUCGGUGGUAAACUGUGGUUAG